AUGAAGAUUAGCAGCUUCCUCAUUGUCCUCCUCCCAGCCGCCCUCGCCCUACCCCUCCCCACGCCAAACAACGGCACUAAAAGCCUCUCAGAAAGCCUGGACCUCCAGGCUAUCACUGACGAGCUGCUUUUUAGCAUCGAGCUGCCCGAAUUCACAGCUCGCAGAGGGGAGAAAGACCCUCCUCAGUUAGACUGGUACUCUGACGGCUGCACAAAGGCUCCAAGCAACCCGUUUGGAUUCCCUUUCCAGCGCGCAUGCGAGCGCCAUGACUUCGGAUACCAGAACUACCGAAGACAAGGGCGCUUCACCAAGGCCGCAAAAGCGCAGAUAGAUCUUCGAUUCAAAGAAGAUCUUUACCAUCAGUGUGAACUAGGUCACGCUGUCGGUUUUUGUAAGAAAUUAGCAAACGUGUACUACCGUGCUUCAGGGCGGCAUGGUGGUAAAGAUGCUACGAAGAGAAUGGAGUGA